UACAUACAUGCAGCGUCGAAGCAACGAUUUAUUUACGUAGUCAGAUAACCCUUAACUGUAAAAUGCACUGUGCAUAUAAAAGUGCAUUAAAAUCACUUUAGAAACUUAAAAUAACAAAAAAUUUUUAAUCAAUGGAUAUUUCGACCGAUAAUUCAACAGGGAUCAAAUUUGGAGACCUGAAAAAAGAAGAACGAUACAAAAGACUUGAAAGAGAUUUGAGAUUGGAAUAUUUUAAACGUUUGGAAAGGUUGAAAGCAGACAUUAAUAAAGAUCAGUGCACAUCUCCUACUUGGCCUAGUUUGUCAAGUAUUACUACAGAUAAUCUUGAUUCAAGUUGUGCACAUGGCUUACAAGUUUCAAAGGUUGAGAGUGAAGUAAUUGCAUCUAGUUCCAAUUUACACAAAGUUUUUCCAACUCAAAAGUCUGUUGAGCGAUUGCCAAUGGCUACAUCAAGCAUAAAACACUUUACAAUUAAAGAUUAUGACAAUGAUCGAGCUAUUAUGCCACCACCAUCCACUAACAUUAUUUCUACUAGUACAAGGAGAUUAUCUACGUUAAAUACAAAGCAGAAUGAGCAGGUUGAAUCUCAUGAUUCUUGUACAAAAAUAUCAUCAGCUACAUCUUGUUCAUCUUAUCAAGAAGAGAACUUCAAUAGUUUACAAAAUUUCAGUCACAGCAGAACAUUUUAUCGUUGGAAAGUACUUUUAAAUGCUCAAGGACAGCUUAUAAUAAAAGGAAUAUUAGAUUGUGGUAAAAUAGCUAGAAGCAAGCCUGUUGCUCACAGACUGUCCAGUGCAAUAGUAAGGUCUAUAUAUAAACAUACUUAUAUUUUGAAUGGUCCUAUAAGUGAUGAAAAAGAAGAACUACCUGAUUAUGUUAGAGGGAAAUUUUAUAAUGGAUUUCCAGAUGAUUGGGAAAAUGUUUAUCAAUUAUGGACUGCUUAUGUAUCUAAAGGAUGCAAAGAAACUUUUCGAUGGCCUACACCUAUUACUGACAGUGAUGAUGAUUUGUACAGUGAAAUUACUGAUUUUUCCUGUUUUAAAAGUAACCGAAUUGAAUACAUAGGGCAAGAUCCUAAAAUUGUUGUAAAUAAUAGUUCAUCGUUAGGUUAUCAUUCUAGAACUCAGUCAAACAAUAAUUUUAAUUCUGAAAAAACAAUUGUAGAUAAGUUCAAUAAUGAAAAUUACAAUAAGCUUCAAGUUGAUAAUAUAAGUGUAGAAGAUUCUGGUCAUUCUUCUGAGAUAAGAGAUUCAAAUAUUUGUAAUACUGAACAUGAAGUUCAACAUGUUACACAAGAACCUUGUGCUAAUCAUCUUUCUAAUACCAAUUUGAAGAAUGCAAGUUUUUUAUCACAAAUAAUUAAAGAAGAAAAAUUACGUAUUAUAAUGUCAAACCUUGGUAAUGAAAACUGUUCUCCUGAAUAUCUUGAUAAAUUAAUUGAGUUAAGUGACUUGUUAAGGUAUAUCUUGUCGUACACUCCAGAUAAUUGUGGAAUAGAUUGUAAAAAAAAAGAUUUAUCUCUAUCUAGAUCUCAAAUUCAAGUAUGUGAAAAGUGUAACAAUAGUACCGUAUCGCUUGCAGAAUCAAGUCAUGAAGAUAGUUUAGUGAAACUUAAGAAUAAAAGUGAAUGCAUAAAAAGUGACAAUGUCAAUAAGAAUUUUUCUAAAAUAAAUGACCAAGCAGAACAUAGUCCUAUUAUUGAAAGUUUGAAACAGUCAAAUCUUCACAAUGAAAUUGAAUCAGCUCAUAACUCUUCAGAUAGUGAUAGUUGCAUGGGUGUUCCACAUAUACCCAUUAAUCGCCUAAUACAACCCAAAUCUCCAAGAUUUCAAAGGUAUAAAGAUAAAAAAAAUCACAAUAGAGAAAGAAAUGAUGUCAGAAAAAAUGACCAAAUUGAAGUUAAAAUGAUUCCUGUUUCAAAUAUAAAAUCUCUACAAUUUGACGAUUCUAGUAUUAGUAUCACAGAAGAUGAGUCUGAAAGAAAAAAACAUGAAAUGCAAGAUAAUCAUUUUAAACAACCGUAUUCUAAACAUGUAAAUCUUGACACAAAGUUGCGAAACUAUGAGAAAGGUUCGGAUAAAUUAGUGUCAAAUUUAAUAGAAAAACAAAAACCAGUAAUCAAAAGUUGUGAACCAGUUCAUUAUAAAUUGGUAACAUCACAAAAAAUAAGCAAACCUAGUACUAUUCCACUUGAUAUUACUAUACUUUCUGAAAAUGUUGCUGUAAAAGCCAACGAUGGUUUGAAUUUUAAACAUAAAAAUCGAAAUGAAAAUGUAGAUAAGCUGCAAGAGAAGUUACAGAAAGAUAUAUUAAAGCAACCUUUACUUUCUUAUGAUUCAGAAGAUUAUCUCAAUGAAAAAGAAGCUCAAAUGCAAAUUAAGUUACCAUCCACAAUGUCAAGUUCAAGUGAUAAAAUAAAAGAUAGAAAAAUCAGCUCAAUUGAAAAGAAUAAAGAAAAUUCAGAAGAUAUGCUAGCUAAACAAGAUAAUAAAAAAAAAUUGUUAACAGAAAAAAAUACAUCACUAGAAACUAAAAAUUCAGCGAUGAGUAGCAAAACCGAUCAAAGUGAAGCUUUUGGCUCAAAGAGCAAUCCAAAGUCGCUAAUAUCUUGGGUUCCGUAUGUAGAUUAUGAUGAAAGUAACAAUAAACUUAGUUUACAGUUUGCAGGAAAACUUCUCAACGAACGCGGGCAUAUUCUUCAUAGGAAGUUUGUAACAAAUCCAAUUGUACGAAGGCAUUCUUUAAAACUGGUAGAAACUGAAGAAAAUGAAUACUUUAUGUUAGUUGGAGACAUCAGUGAUACGAAACACGUUGUACCAAAAGAAUUGCUGAAACAUUGUAGCACUGGAUGUCCUGCAAAAAUCAAAGAAUUUUGUGUAGAUUGGAAAAAAUUUUCAUCAGUUCUAGAGGAACGUGAAUCAAUUAAGCCAGACAAUUUGCAUAACGUUUCAAUCAAUCUUUUUAACUUACGGACAAGCAAGCGAGGUCGCCUCAUGAUCCCUUCUUUGAUCUAUUGGAAUGGAGAAAGAUUGGUGAAAAAAGAGACUGAAGUCACAUAUAAUCCAGGAAAUAUGAAAGAAAAUGUUUUACCAUUAAAAAUCAAUAGGGGCAAAAAAACUUCACCUCUGAGCGAAAAAAGAACACUACGUAGUAAUACUAAAAAAGAUACUAAUUCAAAAGGCAGUAUGAGCUCAAAGCCUUCAAAAACUAUAGGAAAUUCAUCAGAUUUAGAAGAGAUACAUUUUCCAAUGAAAAGACGUUUCAUUCAGCAAUUAACGUACUCGUCAAGUGAAGAUCAUAGCCCAGAUCAGAAACGUGAAAAGUUUAGAAAAUCACCAAACGAAAUUCAGUUAGAUCAAUUAGCAAGUAGAGAGAUCAGAAAAGAAAUUAAAAAAGGUCAGGAAAGCAGCCAAAAAAUGAUUAAAAAAAAUUUACCACAACAAUCGAGAAUGCGUUCCUCAAAGCAAACGUCACCAAAAUAUGAAUGGAGCUAUGACAAGGAGGAUCACGAAACUGAUAUAUUAUCGGAUGAUCAAGUCUCUGUAAUGAAGUGAGAAAAAUUGAAAGGCAAAUGAUCUUUAAU